AUGGCCUCGGAAGCUGCGGAAAACUUUCCAGCUGAGCCUCCAUCGACUCCUCUGGCGGCUCUUUGGAUUGCGUUGAUUGUUUCCAUAUUCGUCGUCGCUGGUAUUGACUUCUGCUGCAUCAAUGGGUCUGGCCGUUGUGCUUGCAUGCCUACAUAUGGAAAGCAGAUCUUACUCUGGGUGUUGGCUGGGCUUGGUUUUGCAGCCUUCGUUAUGCAGGCACUGGGAGCGGCGGCUGGAGGCAGUUGGAUGUAUGGUUACUUCCUGGAGUACAUGCUGUCGAUCGACAACUUGUUUGUCUUUCAGUUGGUCUUCAAGGGCUACUCGACUCCCGAGUGCCACGUGGAUAGGGCCCUUUUCUGGGGUAUCGCCGCAGCCGUGCUCCUUCGGCUGGGUUUCUUUGGCAUCGGCACAGAAAUUCUGCAGCUUGGGCUGGUGGCGAGGAUCUUUUUUGGCCUCCUCCUCAUGAUCUCUGGGUGGAAGGCGUUUUCCGAUUCGGAAGAGGAGGAUGAUCCAAGCAAGAAUCCUGCUGUGAGAUGUAUCGCCCGGCUUCUCCCUUUGCACGACCAGUACUCCGAGCGUGCAGUCUUCUUCGUUUGGGUGCCCAAGCACUCCACGAAGCAUGCCGCGGAGCCCACUGUGCUUGGCACCCCCGGAGCUGAUGGGGAUGGAAUCCGCCUGAAGGACAUGGUAGAUGGCGAAGAUGUCGAGGCUGAGAGGGUGGCGGAGAUGCACUCCACGGAGCCGAGGGUGUGCAAGGUGACACCACUUUUCCUGGUGGUGCUCACCCUGGCCAUCAUCGAUGUCAUCUUUGCCGUUGAUAGUGUGACCGCAAAGAUAUCUUCGGUGGUGGGCUUUCAUCCCGAUGUGAGCUUCUUCUUGAAUCUCUCCUCAAGUGCCUUUGCGAUGUUCGUGCUUCGAAGCCUCUACCUGGUAGUCGACCUGCUGACGCACAUGUUCCGCUUCCUUCCGUACGGAGUUGGUGCUGUGCUGCUCUUUAUCGGCUUGAAGCUCAUCGUCUCGCAUUGGUUCGAGGUGGGCAUGCUGCUGUCGUCUGUGCUGAUUCUCAGUCUUCUGCUCCCUUGGCAGCAAGAGCCGGAGCCCGAAGCUGCUCCGGACUUCAAUGCGCAUGAGGGAGAGUUGCACUUACCAGUGGAUGGAGUGCGCUCAAUUCUGCCUGCCCCGCAAUUCCUCGUGCUGCUAGCCGCCUUACGGCGAUCCUUCUUUCAGAAGGAGGAAGAUCGGACGCGGCUCUUGGCUAGCAUGAUGCAGGGGACGACAGCCAUCCUUGCCUCCAAGAUGGGCUUGCAGGAACAUGCCUGCUACCACGAGUUGUGUCGCCUUCUGGGCAAGAUCAAUGCAACGCAUCAGCUUAAUGAGCUGUGUGCAAACGAACAGUUCCAGGCGUGGAUCGAGCAAGUGUAUGGCUUCACCAUGGACAGCCUCCGGCGGUGGGAAGUGAUGCCGAACUCGAAGCACUACCUUCUGGGCUUUUGGGCAGCCAUGGUUAGUCCCGUGAUCCUGCUGCAGGACAAGGCUCCGAAAGCCCUCGAGAGCUUCAUCCAGCAGGUGACCGUCGCUUACGUAGAAUCACGCCUCUUCAUGGCAGAGGCGUCUGCAGACCCCGCGGCCUGCAACGACUGGGACGACCCGCUCGAGGAUGAGGUGCUUAGAGCGGAGCAGCUGGAAGUGCUCUCCAACUUAGGGCGAUGCCGCUACCAGGACACAGCCCAGCACAUCAUGAAGCAUUUUGAGGAGACCUCCAGGUUGGGACAGCAAGGUGUUGUGCCACAGCGGGUCUUCGAGAAGAAGAUGACGUGGCUGGUUUACAUGAUGGGGGCGUUAGUUGGUGGGCAUGCCUCUGCCAAGGCCAACCGGACAGACACGGACUGUGCCCCCACGCACGUGGUGAAUGGUGAGCUGGCCGGGCGCAUCUUCCGUCUGGUGAACUUGACGGACCAGCAGAAGGAGACAUCCGAGGGCCUAGAGCUCGCGUACUUGUACUUCUUGGAGCAGUUCAGGAAGGUGUAUAUUGGCGAGCAUGCCAAGCAGGUGGUUCAGCAGCAGGUCAACGAACGCCUGGCAACAGUUCUCGGUCUAGAGGACGAGAAUGCAGUCCUGGGCCUUCUCAUCAACAAGAUUGGCAACAACCUCCAGCAACGGUUUCAGCUCGAGAUUGUGGUGAAGAAGACGCUCGCGCUGUUCCACGAGCUUGCGGCUGGCAUCAAUAUUGUGCACACAUCGGACCGAUCUCCGCACCUGAUCGUCUCCGGCCGCCUGCUUCUUAAGAACGACAUGGUCAAGUACAUCCUCAGCAACCAUGCCUCUCCGCAGUUCGGGUUUCUGGCCCACAGCCUGCAGUAUGGCAAGUACCGAACAAUGUACUAUCAUACCUUGGGCAAGCUGCUGUUCAUGGACAUCAGGGACAACAAGGAGGCCUUCGAGAAGUUCAUGGAGCCUCAAGGUCACAUUCUGACGUCGCUUUGGCAGCAGAGCUGCCAGAAUACACACCUUCUUCGGCAGGAUUCGAUCAAGCCGGCCCUGGUUGGCCUCUGCCGAGACUUGCGGGGAAUUGGGCUUGCGUGCAGCAGUUGCGAGCCUUACUCGAUGCUGUUCGACUGGCUCGUGGACAACCCGAAGAAUCCGUCGGCGAACAGGGUCAACCUGUUCUCCAGAGCUCUCGAUGUUUGGUGGGACGAUCCAGAGGUCACGACGCCGCUGCUAAAGUUUAUGGCCGAGUUCGUGCAUAACAAGUCGCAGCGGAUUACCUUCGAUCAGUCCUCGCCCAACGGUAUACUUCUCUUCAGGGAGGCUUCCGCGAUUCUGGUGACCUAUGGAACCAGGAUACUCCAGCGUACACAGUUCCGCGAUGUGUACAUAGAGAAGUACAAGGGCAUUGGCGUAUGUCUGGACAUGUUCUCCCACGCUCUUCACGGGAACUACACAAAUUUUGGAGUCUUUGAGCUGUACAGUGACAACUCGCUCUCAAACUCCAUGGCGCUAGCCUUGCGCCUCUGCUUAGCCAUACCGCUGCAGGAGCUGAAUGCAUACCUCAAGGCCCUGAAGCCGUACUACUACUUCGUGGAGUUGGCUACUCGUGGCCACAUGUCGAAGGUUAUGGAGUUGGAUUCGGCCAUGCUCACGUCGCUGAUGCAGAGUGUAGAAGAAGGCCUCCUCUCUUUCGAGACCGGUGUGCAAAUGCAAAGCUGUGCAGUUGUCGACAAUGUGAUCUCGUACUUCCACUCACAGCUCACUGGGAAGAGCACCCCCGAACAGGAGCGCGUUCGACGCUACCUGCAGGAGGCACCUCAUUGCCUGCAGAAGAUCCUUCACCUCAUGUUCCAACUGGUCAUGACAGGUGAGUUCAGCUCUAUGUGGUCGAUAAGCCGCCCUUUGCUGGGUCUCAUUCUCCUUCACGAGCAGAAUUUCUUGCAGCUCAAGGAGCAGCUCAUCAACCAGCAGAUUGAGGAGCGGCGCCCGAAGCUGCGAAGCUACUUCGAUGACCUCAUGGCCGGAGUCGAAAACAGCAUGAACACGAAGAACAAG